ACCACCUGAACCUUCCAGAUCUAUCUGGCACUCUAUGAUCGUGUGACCAACCUCAGAGGAUUUAGAUCUUAAAACAGGUACAUCUCCACUACGCAAUCAAUGUCAAAUAAAGGUUCCUAUGCCGACUGAAAAAUGAAACACAAAUAAAUUUGGCAUUUUCAUAAUAUCCAUCGUCCUCGCCCUUCCUUAAUCCUGAGCAUCAUCAUCAUCAUCUUGUCCCUCUGCUCCUUUCCAAAUUAUGUUUGGUUAUUGUAGGGAUUGGCAUGAUUAAUGGGUAAUUGUCAAUUUUAAUUCUUUUAAUUUGUGAAAAUUUUGUGGGUUGGUUGUUUUUGGUCUCAUGGGAAAUGGUGUUUCUUCAAUUUCUUUGGAUCAAAUAGUGGAAUUAAAGUUUCUUUUCGUUUCUUUCUAUGGGUUUCCGGAAUUAUAGGAUAUCACUAAUUUGUAGGACAGGCCCUCAUUUUUGGGUGAUUAUAGCUUUCUUUAUCCGUUCGUGGUUAAUUUGCUUUCUUUCGGUUGUUUUCUUAUUCCUUAUUUAGCAAGUGGCCUUUUGGUUUUCUUGGGAUUUUAUCCUUGAGUUUGUAAAUUCUAAGGAGGAUACUGAAAGCUUCAUUUCAUACCAUAGAAUUGUUAGUUUUAUGUAAUUUCAAAACAGAAACUGUCGUAAAGAACCUAGUUUUGUUGGUAUAUGAGCGUUAUCGGAAUGGCUUCCUUGGCGGUAAGGGUGUCUUGAUGGGGAGCUUGCAUUUUCCUUUCCAGUUCAUGAAAAGGGGGUGGGUGCACAUGUGAGAAAGUCUCAUGACACUCAUUACUGUUUAUUCAAGUGUUUAGAACAACGAUAUCGAGUUGUUUUAAACAGCAUCUCUUGAGCUUUUAUUAUGAAUAUUCUUGUUCCAAGUUCCAAUUUUCCCGUAGUCAGACUAAAACUUCUCGUAUUGGCUUUUGUUGUAAUCUCAGGUGGUGCUAGUCUAUUCUCAAUAAAGGAAAUUACAGAAUUAUGAUGGAUUGUUUGCCGGACCAGUUAGUAUGGGAGAUCUUGAGCAGGGUUAAGAAAACCACUGAUAGAAACUCUUUGUCUUUGGCGUGUAAACGCCUGCAUGGAUUGGAUAAUGAACAGAGACAAUCUCUUCGGGUUGGUUGUGGAUUAGACCCUGCAAAUGAAGCUUUGACUUCUCUCUGCAGUAGGUUUUCCAACUUGACAAAGGUAGAGAUAACUUACGCUGGUUGGAUGUCCAAACUAGGAAAGCAGUUGGAUGACGAAGGGCUUCUUAUUCUUUCCAAUUGCUGCCCUUCUAUGGUUGAUCUCACAUUAAGCUACUGCACCUUCAUCACUGAUUUGGGCCUUGGUCACUUGUCUUCUUGCUCAAAACUUUCAGCUUUGAAGUUGAAUUUCACAACAAGAAUUACUGGCUGUGGCAUAUUAUCUCUUGUUGCGGGCUGCAAAGUUCUCACUAUCCUCCACCUUGUACGAUGUCUAAAUGUUAGCAGUUUUGAGUGGCUUGAAUAUCUUGGAAAGCUUGAAACUCUUGAAGAUCUCUCAAUUAAGAAUUGUAGAGCUAUUGGGGAGGGUGAUUUGAUUAAGCUAGGUUCUAGUUGGAAAAAACUAAAAUGCUUGCAAUUUGAGGUCGAUGUGAAUUACAGAUAUAUGAAAGUUUAUGAUCGUUCAGCUGUGGAUCGCUGGCAAAAGCAGUGGGUCGCAUGUGAGAACAUGGUGGAACUUAGCUUGGUAAAUUGUAUCAUCAGCCCUGGGAGGGGGCUCGCUUGUGUGCUGGGGAAGUGCAAGAAUUUGGAGAAGAUUCACUUGGACAAGUGUGUUGGGGUAAGGGACUCUGAUAUCAUAGGCUUAGCCCAAAAAUCAAAAAACCUCCGCUCCAUUUUCCUUCGAGUUCCAUCGGAUUUCUCACUUCCUCUUCUGAUGAAUAAUCCACUGAGAUUAACCGAUGAAUGUCUAAAAGCCGUGGCUCAGAACUGUUCGAUGCUUGAAUCUGUCAGGAUAUCGUAUUCUGAUGGGGAUUUCCCUUCAUUUUCCUCAUUUACAUUGGAUGGAAUCCUUAGUUUGAUUCAGAAGUGCCCUUUGCGGGAACUUGCUUUCGACCAAGUGUAUUCCUUUAACGAUGUUGGAAUGGAAGCUCUUUGCUUGGCUCAGUAUCUUGAGACCUUGGAGCUGGUCAAAUGCCAAGAGAUAAGCGACGAGGGGCUGCAGCUUGUGGGGCAGUUUCCCCGGUUGUCCAUUCUGCGUUUAAUCAAGUGUUUAGGGGUUUCUGAUGAUGGGUUAAAGCCACUUGUAGGGUCAUACAAAUUGGAAUUGUUGGCUGUGGAAGAUUGUCCUCAAAUUUCUGAAAGAGGAGUUCUGGGAGCUGCAAAGUCUGUAUCUUUCAGACAAGACUUGUCAUGGCUGUACUGAAAACUUGUGACUGGAUCAGGUAAAAGCAGUAUCAACGGCUUGUUUGGUUUCUGCAGCUUUUCAUUUAUCCAGCAGUUGUAUUAGGUUUAGAUGGCUUACUGUAAGUAAACUAUUGUGUUGUGAAUGUUAUUUUUUUAAUUUAAUUCAAUGAUCUGUAAGAAUAAAUAAUUGUAUUGAUUUAUUUGCCUUCGCUGAUGACCACAUAAUGAAAUGGCAAUUGUGAGGUUCAUAUUUA